GCCUUGUUCGCCGGCAAGACGGUGCUGGAUGUCGGCUCAGGCACCGGCAUUCUGUGCCUCUUCGCCGCUCAAGCGGGUGCAGCCAAAGUCAUCGGCAUCGAACGCUCCGACGUGGCGCAGAAGGCAGCGAAGAUUGCGGAAGAGAAUGGUUUUGGAGAUGUGAUUAGCUACAUCCAAGGGAAGGUAGAGGAAGUGGAACUUCCCGUAGAAAAGGUGGACAUCAUCAUCUCUGAAUGGAUGGGUUACUUUCUGAUGUUCGAAUCGAUGCUGGAUUGCGUGCUGUUCGCGCGGGAUAAGUGGCUGAGACCAGGAGGGCAGAUGUUUCCAGACCAUGCGCGGCUUUAUAUGGCGGGCAUCGAAGAUGCGGACUACAAAGAGGAGAAGCUUGGGUUCUGGCGCCACGUGCGUGGGUUCGACCUUUCUCCCGUGGCUGAGCUGGUGCGGGUCGCCUAG